UCUGCAAAGAACGACUUCAAGAGAACUCUACUACAGUCAAGGCUAAACCUGUUCCUAAGGUAGGCUGGACCUGGGAUGAACUGAAAUGAGACUCUGUCUGAAAAGAAAGCAAGUAUCUGGACCAAGAAGAAUGACGGAGUUCAGUCCCGAGCUGAGAAGGAUAAAGUCCUUACAGCAGAAGAAGAAAAUGCAUUGGAUAAAUCAAGGGGACGAUGUUGCAGAUCACUUCCUGGUGGACUAUGAGAAGAAGGCCAUCAGUGACAUGAAGGAGAAGAGAAGACUCGAGGAGGAGGAAGAGGAGGCAGCAAGGGCGGGGCCAGAGUAUGAGAUGGGGGCUACGGAUGUACCUGGCCCAGUCGACCCUCAAGACCAAUGGGAGAAGGACGACAAAGAGAAAGCUAUGAAGCAAGAAACACUGCCAGAUCUUCUCUCUAGUGACAUGCAUCGGAAGAUGAUGAGGAAGAAAUGGGAGGCUGAGGAGGAAGAAAUGAGGAGCCGAGGUCCUGGGCCUCUUCACUACCAGAACCUCAAGUUUGAUGAUGUGAGAGAGAUGGGUGUCGGCUGCUUUGACUUCUCAAAGGAUGAGGGAGAGAGACAGAGUCAGAUGGAGAUGUUGAGUCAUCUUAGAGACGAGACGCUUGGUCAGAGAACCAAGAGUGACCAGCUUAAAGCGAAACGCAAAGCGGCCCUCAAGGCCCGACUAGAUAAAGUGAAGCAGCGUAACCGAGCCAAGGGGGAGAUAGUUGAGGAGGAGGGCGAUAAGGACCAUCAGGAGGAGGAGGAAGAUGCGAGGAUGAAGGAGGAGUCAGAGUCAGCGAGACGAAGACAGAAGGAGGAGGAUGAGAAGAGAUUAGCAGAGAGGCUGAGCAAGACGGCGCCGGCGAGACCUUGGGAUAUUGGAAAAGAAGAGUCGCAAUGGGACAGGGUGAAGAAGCAAGUACAUGAAGAGCGCCCUCAAAGUUUGCUCCUCCACAGCAGUACAACUGGAUGA